GACGCCCCCACCCCGAACGAAGGUCAAUCGUGCAAAUUGCCCUGUUUGUAAAAAGGGGAAUUUGUCACGGGCCUCUGAUGUGCGAGUCAAUUUGGAAGUAGUGUUUCGCAGUCUAUGGAAAGUGAACGUCACUGAUAAGUGAAGCGCAGCUUGUAAUGGUCAUGGCGGAUCCCGAUAAAGAAGAACAAGUCGCAAUAACAGAAGCCCAGUUGGAAAACCUUAAGCGAUGGGAACGUACACGGAAUUUUCAAUCUCUUUCCGAUCCAUCACCAGCCGUUUACUCUAUGUUCGCGAUCCAUAAAUCGUCCAGCGACUUCGCCGUUUUUCCACCGGUCAACCACGAGAACCUUUACAUAUCCACAAAUUCCGUUAAUCAAACUCAUAGCCAGUCAUCCUCACCGCCGUUUCCGUCAUCUCCGUCGUUAUCAUCAUCAUCCUCAUUUUCACCUUCCAAUCGAGAUAACGAUGAUUCUUCCUACUCAUUCGCCGCCUCAGAUUCUAAUUUAGUGGAUCCACCAAAAUCUAUUCCAAAUAGUCCUCGGGCCCCAGCCAGAGUAGCUUAUAACCACCGAGGGAGAUGGUGGAAUCUGGGACUACAAGUGUUGUUUUCUCGAAUCAACGGCAUUGGUAUGUUUUCUCGAACGGCUGUAAUGAGUAUUUUCUCGCCUUUUGGAAUGGCGGCAAUCCUUGUGAUGUUUGGGUAUUUUCGCUGGCGACGGAGAUUGAUUAGAGAACAGAGUAAAGACCAACUGAGACGCACCAUUAAAGCCAAAGAUGAGAGAAUAAAUCAACUUCUAAGUCAAAUAGCAGAGAUGAAUCAGGUAUUUGUGGCUAUGCACAAACGUAAUCUGUCCAACAAUUAGCUGAAAUUUGUAUAUGUAGUAGUAUGGGACAAUGGUUAUUAGCUACUACUGAUGAUAGGCACACUCAUCGGAAUCAUGCUUCAUAUGGACUUUCUGUAGAAUGAUGCAUGGCAUUUAUGAGGAUGCCCCAAGUCCAUUAACAUAUUGUGUAUUAUGUAGUUUAGAACUUAAUUCUUACAAAUAUACUAGUAUAAAAUGGUAGAAUAGUAGCUUCAUUGUU